UUUUUCUAUAUUCGUUGUUGUUUUUAAGAAUAAAUAACUUGUGUUAAUUCAGUGCAAAAUUAUAAAAAUAAUUGAAACUUAGAUUAUCGAAGUUAACAUAUUCCUAUUCAUAAGAACAUCCAAUACAAUAAUUUUGUAAACAAUCAAAAUGGAAGGGAAAGCAACUAAAAUGCCGAAAGUGGCAAAGGUUAAGAAUAAAGCUCCCGCUGAAAUUCAAAUUACUGCUGAACAAUUGCUCAGAGAAGCGAAAGAAAGAGAUCUCGAAAUAUUGCCUCCACCUCCGAAACAGAAAAUUUCUGAUCCAGAGGAGCUUAGAGAUUAUCAACACAGAAAGAGGAAAGCGUUUGAAGAUAAUAUCCGUAAAAAUAGACUUGUAAUAGGGAAUUGGCUUAAGUAUGCUCAGUGGGAGGAAUCACAGAAACAAGUGCAAAGAGCACGCUCAAUAUAUGAGCGUGCUUUGGAUGUGGAUCAUAGAAAUGUUACCCUAUGGCUGAAAUAUACUGAAAUGGAAAUGAGGAAUAGGCAAGUAAACCAUGCUCGCAAUUUAUGGGAUCGUGCAGUGACCAUUUUGCCGAGAGUAUCACAAUUCUGGUACAAAUACACCUACAUGGAAGAGAUGUUAGAAAAUGUCGCCGGAGCCAGACAGGUAUUUGAAAGAUGGAUGGAAUGGCAACCAGAUGAACAGGCAUGGCAAACAUAUAUAAAUUUUGAAUUACGAUACAAGGAGUUGGAAAGGGCAAGAGAAAUAUACAAAAGGUUUGUCAUGGUUCAUCCAGAUGUUAAGAAUUGGAUAAAAUAUGCAAAAUUCGAGGAGAACCAUGGAUUUGUGAAUGGAGCAAGACAAGUAUUUGAAAAAGCCGUGGAGUUCUUUGGUGAUGAAGAACUUGAUGAAAGAUUGUUUAUUGCCUUUGCAAAGUUUGAAGAAAACCAAAAGGAACAUGACAGAGCUAGAGUAAUCUACAAAUACGCUUUAGAUCACAUACCAAAAGAUAGAAACAAAGAGCUGUAUAAAGCUUACACAAUACAUGAGAAGAAAUAUGGUGACAGAUCUGGCAUAGAGGAUGUCAUUGUUAACAAAAGAAAAUAUAUGUAUGAGCAAGAAGUAAUAGAGAAUCCUACAAAUUAUGAUGCGUGGUUUGAUUAUAUAAGAUUAGUGGAAAAUGAAGGAAAUAUAGACAAUAUUAGAGAUACAUAUGAGAGAGCCAUUGCAAAUGUACCACCAUCAAAAGAUAAGCAGUUUUGGAGACGCUAUAUUUAUUUAUGGAUUAAUUAUGCACUGUAUGAAGAAUUGGAAGCAGAGGACAUAGAAAGAACCAGGCAAGUGUACAGAACUUGUUUAGAAUUAAUUCCACAUAAAAUUUUUACCUUUUCCAAAAUAUGGCUAAUGUAUGCCCAAUUUGAAGUAAGAUGUAAAGAAUUGAAACAAGCAAGGAAGAUGUUAGGAAUGGCAUUAGGUAUGUGUCCAAGAGAUAAAUUGUAUAGAGGGUAUAUAGAUUUAGAAAUUCAGCUAAGAGAAUUUGAUAGAUGUAGGAUAUUAUAUCAAAAAUUUUUGGAAUAUGGACCUGAAAACUGCAUAACAUGGAUUAAAUUUGCUGAAUUAGAAACAUUGUUGGGGGACAUAGAUAGAGCUAGAGCUAUAUACGAAAUAGCUGUUAGCCAGUCACGAUUGGAUAUGCCAGAGUUAUUGUGGAAAAGUUUCAUUGACUUUGAAGUAGCACAAGGAGAAACAGAAAGAGCCAGACAACUGUAUGAGAGAUUAUUGGAAAGAACUGUUCAUGUUAAAGUAUGGUUGUCAUAUGCUAAAUUUGAAUUGAAUGCAGAAAAUGCUGAUAAUAUGAAUGUAGAUUUAGCUAGACGGGUCUAUGAACGCGCCAACGAUAGUCUAAGAAGUGCUGGUGAAAAAGAAGCGAGAGUACUUCUGCUAGAAGCAUGGAAAGAUUUUGAAACGGAAAUAGGAGAUGAAAUAAAACUUGAAAAAGUUUUAACAAAAAUGCCUAGAAGAGUUAAAAAGAGACAGAAGAUUAUCAGUGAAGGUGGCAUUGAGGAAGGUUGGGAAGAAGUAUUUGAUUACAUAUUCCCUGAAGACGAAAUGGUAAGGCCUAAUCUGAAGUUGCUUGCAGCAGCAAAACAAUGGCGAAAACAUAAAGAAGUAUCAGACACAGAAAGUAGCAUCAGCAAUACAGGUGAACAAGAACAAAACACAACAGGAGAUGAAGAUGAUGGCAACUAGAUGAGGCUAUCUGUUUUUAGUUGUAUACUUUGUAAUUAAAGUAA